AUGAGUUCUUCGAAGCGCGUUCUUAAAGCCGGUAUACUAGGAGCAACAGGCACAGUAGGACAACGUUUUAUACUUCUACUUUCAGCUCAUCCUCAUUUCACCAUUCAUAGCGUUGGUGCCUCUUCACGUUCAGCGGGUAAAAAAUACUGUCAAGCGACAAAAUGGAGAAUGACCAGUCCAAUAGCUGCUGAUAUUAAAGAUAUGAUUAUUAAAGAAUGUAUUCCAGAAUUAUUUAAAGAUUGUGACGUGAUAUUUUCAGGUUUGGAUUCCGAUGUUGCCGGUGAUAUUGAAAUGUCAUUCCUAAAAUCUGAUCUGGUGGUUUUUUCUAAUGCAAAAAAUUAUCGCCGAGAUCCACUAGUCCCUCUGAUAGUUCCAACCGUAAACCCAUCACACUUUAACUUAAUUCCUCAUCAACGCUCAUGCCAUUCCCUUAAGAAAGGUUUCCUUGUUACAAAUGCAAAUUGUUCAACAACUGGUCUUGUUGUUGCUUUAAAACCUCUGCAGGACUCAUUUGGUCCUAUAGAAUCUGUAAUUGUUCACACAAUGCAAGCAGUUUCAGGAGCUGGAUAUCCUGGUGUCGCAUCACUUGACAUUUUCGAUAAUGUGGUUCCUUACAUUUCGGGAGAAGAAGAAAAAAUGGAAUAUGAAACACUUAAAAUUUUAGGUGAUUUAAAUCAAGAAGCUACAGGAUUUCAAUUACUAUCUUCAAUGUCAGUAUCUGCAUCUUGUAAUCGUGUACCUGUAAUUGAUGGACAUACAGAAUGUGUUUCUAUUAAAUUUAAAAAUCGACCUCCACCUUCACUUGAACAAAUUAUACAAGCGUUUGAUUCCUAUAU